UAACUGUAUCCCCUCUGGCACUACUAAACUGCUGACCGGAGCAGCCAGAGAACGAGGCUCGGCUAAAGUUAGGAACACACUGAGGACCCGGUCACAGGGUGCAGGUUGUUUUCUCAGACGAGCUCAAGGACAUUUCUUACACAAACUUGCACAGUGGUGUGUGUGCGACACAAAACAACAGAUAUCGAGUAGAAUUUGGAAGCGUAAUGGACUGAUUUCCGCACAUUUGGGCGUUGUUCUCCUCCCUCUUACCCCAUUUCCACUCCCAUGUUGGAGAAGAAGAGACCGUUCCAAUUUACUAAAGCUCCAAACUACUAAAGCAUUCCAAUGUCUCAACAGGACGAGCGAUACCGGAGAAAAAUCAAAGCAAGGUGCUGCGAGUGCAAUUCAGCACUCUCUCACCACUACUAUGAGAGGGAUGGACAGUUUUUCUGUAAAAAAGAUUACUGGGCAAGAUUUGGAGAGCAGUGCCAUGGGUGCUCGGAAAUAAUCACCACUGGUGUUAUUAUGGUGGCAGGAGAGCACAAGUAUCAUUCGGAAUGUUUCAUCUGUGAAAACUGCAGCAUGUUCAUCGGUGAUGGAGAUUCAUACAUCCUGGUGGAGCAUUCCAAAUUAUUCUGUGGGUACUGUUACAGUCAGAAUGUAUCAGCAAGACAUCCAGGCGCAGAAUGUUCCGGGCUUCCUCAUACAGUGGCAUUGGUAUCGUUCCCUCCUUCAGGCAAGAGCAGGACGGGUCUUUCCCUCAGCGUGGAAGACUGUCCUGUCAAUGGAAACAGCCCCGUAAUCAGAGUAUCUCAAUUCGAUUCACAAACAAGCAGUCCUGAGAUUAAAGGAAUUAUUCAUGUUGGAGACUCUGUCCUUGAAAUAAAUGGAGUAUCAGUUCAGAGCAUUCCCCUCGAUGAGAUCGACUUGGUGGUCCAUGACAUUGAGCGCUGCCUGAAACUCACUGUUGAACACAACCCGAAUGACCUUUCUACUCAAGAAGAUCCACUUGGCCUGCUGCCGGAAGAGGCUGAACGACCAGGAAAAUUAGACUUUACCCCUGAGACCCAUGCUGUCCGCCAUCGCUCCAAAAACAUUCUACGCAGUUGCAGUAUUGAAAAAUGCCCAGGUUCCCAAAACCAUUUGGCACUGCUCUCCCACAGAAGAAACAUUAAUCGCUCCGAGUCUUUGCGCGUCGAUUCAUUCGACAAGACACAGCGCAUCUUCCGUCCCUCUGACCUUAUAUAUGGGGAGGUUCUAGGACGAGGCUUCUUUGGACAAGCCAUUAAGGUCACACAUCAGCAGACAGGAGAGGUCAUGGUGAUGAAGGAACUACUUCGUUAUGAUGAAGACACACAGAAAACCUUUCUUAAGGAGGUAAAAGUGAUGCGCUGUCUGGAUCACCCAAAUGUGCUAAAAUUUAUCGGCGUCCUCUACAAAGACAAGAGAGUAAACUUCAUCUCUGAGUAUGUCCCAGGAGGAACUCUGAGGGAAACGAUUGAGAAAAUGGACAGUGAUUACCCCUGGAGCCGUAGAGUAAGCUAUGCAAAGGACAUUGCUGCAGGAAUGGCCUACCUGCAUUCCAUGAACAUUAUCCAUCGAGAUCUAAAUUCACAUAACUGCUUUGUCAGAAAGAACCAGUCUGUAGUGGUGGCUGACUUUGGGCUGGCCCGGCUCGUGAUGGAGGAUAAAGCUCAAAGAAGUAAUUCCUCUUCUGAUCCUGUGUCAAAGCUGAGUAAGCCACAGCGAAAGAAAAGGUAUACAGUGGUGGGAAACCCGUAUUGGAUGGCACCUGAAAUGAUCCGAGGAAUUAGCUAUGACGAACGUGUGGAUGUCUUCUCCUUUGGAAUAAUUGUCUGUGAGAUUAUUGGCAGAGUGUACGCUGAUCCAGACUAUCUGCCCCGUACUAUGGAAUUUGGACUUGGCGUGAACGAAUUUCUAAAGAGCUACCAUCCUCCAGAAUGUCCACCUGCUUUGUUUCCUCUUGCUGCUCUUUGCUGUGACACAGAAGCUGGAAAACGACCAUCAUUUGCCAAGUUAGAGGAAUGGCUGGGAAGUUUGCUGAUGCAUUUGGACAUCAGACUACCUCUAAUCUCAGAACUGGAUAAGGUGCGGCAAGCAUUUUGGGAAAACCACUGCCAUCCCCAACAAGCUAACCGUUUAACAUCUGAACAAAAAGAAACAAAAGUGCCAAGUUAGAAGUGAAGUGAACUUUCGGCAGCUGGGGUGGGAGGCACAGCAGACUUAAACAAUAGCCCUUUACUGUGAAGACCUGAGUUCAAGUUUUGGUGGUACCACCGUUCUGGUUGGGCACUCUACAGCCACAAUUGGCUGUGACCAACGAAGGGGGGGAUGGAUGGGGAGUCAUGCACUUUCCACUACAAUAGCGAUUUCUACUGUGUGGCUGAGGUGUUGGGAUGAGAAGUGAAGAGAUAACAAUUUUUUAAUAUGUUUUACAGCUUUGUAGAAAUCUGUUGCUUGAGGGUGUCUUGCAAAUAUCAAUUGGCAGAGUAGGGAAAUUGGAGAUAUGCAAAAUGCAGGUAAAUGCAUACAAACAAGUGAAACACACUGUGAAUGGUCAAACUGUACAGGUAGUCUUUUUGUAAGGAACUUGAAUGUAGAUAGGCCCCAACUAAACUUGGCAUUUUUGAAAAAUAUGGGCCUUUCAUGAUAGGCAUUUAAAUAAUAGAAUUGACGACAAAAAUACAGCUACCUUGGAAGAGCUACUUAUACUGAUAGAUAAAAAGACUAAUAGAAUGUUAGAUCCUCAUAUUUCUACCCAUGGUUCAUUAUUACUUAAUGUACAUUCACAAUAAAGCAUUUAGCAAGGUGACUUCCAAUCAAGACAAAAACUGGUGGUUACAGACCUUGUUUAGUCGCCAAACAAUGUCUGAUUGGCCUUAGUGGGGUUUCCAUUCUUAACGUUCUGAUCAGUAAUUUACGUUCUGAGUACUUUUGCCACUAAGCCACCAAAGUGCCACCAGCAAUGGAAAAACCUUAAUUUGUUUGUUUCUGUAGUCUUUGUUUAGUAAUUGUAGCUAUAAACUUAAAUGAAAAUGUGAAUUCUUAUAAAAGCAUUGGUCCGAUGCAGAUUUAGGCUAAAAUGUAGCAAAUGAACAUGUAUGUAUUUAUAUGAAAAUACAUUUGGCUGUUUUUACACAGUGUUUAAAAAGUAAACUAUUGAAUUGUCUAUAAACCUUU